GGCGCUGCUAUUCCCUUCGCUUUUUCAUGACAAAAACAUCAGUUUUCUGCAAAUAAACAUUUUUUAUUUAUUAGUAUUUCUCGCAUGUUCCUCCCCGGGGUCCCACCUGCAGAGAUUUCUUUUGUUCCAACAAUGAUCCAUAUCUGUAUUUAUUUCUAGAAAUAAUCUCCCCAUGUAAUAUGGCCCAAUUAUAUCAGCAAUAAAUGCGACCAAAUUCUGUUCCUGUGUCAAUGAGCCCCAUCGCCGCUCCCAGCAGCCUCUAUAAACAGCCUUUCAGGGAAACUUCCUGGUCAUCUAGUCUGGUAGAGAAAUAUCCACAUAUGAGAUGUUCUCAUUCCAGCGAGAGACUCUCCCAAGGCAGCCGUGACCAUGAGGCGGAACCUCCUCCAUCUGAUCAUCUCCACCAUCUCCAUUGUGUUGGUCUAUUUCCUCAUGAUAUUAUUCUGGGAAUCCCCUUCAGGAAAGCUCUCUAGACGUGCCCAGUACAAUCAGGACAGACUCCCCCCACACAGCCUGCCGGUUGCUAGGGGGUCAGUGACCCUCUCUGAUGGCAGCUAUACCUACCACUUGAACUUCUCCCAGUUCCAGCUGGAGUUUCCGUACCUACAGACCUACCGCUGCUCCCUCACACUUACCCCACAUCUACAGCCGGAGGAAGAGAUGGCUACAAAGCUCCUUCUCAUGGCUAUUAAGUCCCACCCAAGCUCGGGGGCCAGGAGGGCGGCGCUAAGGAGCACUUGGGCCCGUAGGUGGGAGGUGGAAGAUUACAGGGUAAAACCAAUAUUUUUGGUGGCAGAAACUGAGCAAAGAGGCGCCAUGGAGAUGGUGAGAGCAGAGAAUGAGGAGUUUGGGGACAUCCUGCAAUGGGACUUCACUGAGGGGCAUCACAACCUGUCUCUGAAGGAGCGAUGCUUCCUGGAGUGGCUCCACCUCCGGCUCCCCCAUGUGGCCUUUGUGUUCAAGGGUGAUGAUGAUGAAUACGCAAACCCAGAGGCGCUGGUUCUGUACGCGAGGGAACACGACGCAUUUCCCCAGACCCUACACGGACACAUUCAGUACGAUACCAGGGUAAUGCGCGAAGCCAAAUAUCGCAUCUCGGAGACCCUCUACCCUUUCCACAGGUUCCCCCUUUUCCUCUCUGGGGGGGGCUUUAUGUUCCCCGGCACCUCGGUUCUGCCCCUUUACCAGGCGUCCCAGAAACUGCCCGUUUUUCCCCUGGACGACGUGUAUGUCGGCUUCCUCUCAUUGGCUGCCAAUCUGACCUAUCGGAAUGAUGCCCGGUUCAUUGUGGUGAGAAGAGAGUUUAACCCCUGCCUGUACAAACUGGCCCUGGUUGUCCACGGGAUCCAAUCAGAUGAGUUAGUAAAGAUCUGGAAGGAGGUGCAAAAUGCGUGCUGUAAGGCUGCCCCCCCAAAUGGCAAAUGUUAGUGGGGCCCCGGGCCCCGAUGAUCUGUACAAACUGCAUUCGCUUCUUAUUCUCUGUGUAAUAAAGAUUUUAUAUUUCACUUA